CACUUACAUACUAAACACUAUUCAUUCCGUCUUUCAUUCUACAUAGCAAACCCCUCGAAUUUCCUAUUUUACCCUCCAAACCAGAUUCAAUUUUCAAUCCUUACCCUUUCUUUCUUCUCUUUGGUUUCUUGCUAAAGAAUCCAUGGAGUUCACUAUGGCGAAACACGGCAUCCUAAGGAACAUUCUCGUUCGCAUAUUCUCCUUCGCUGUUCUAAUCUUCGCUGCGCGAUUCGCAAUCAUCGUCACAGUUCGUGGCGGAUCAUGCGACUCUUCUGAUUUCUGUUUCUUCUCAGAAAAUAUCAACCUCACUGCUCCUUCUCAUCUUUCCGGCUCCGAUGAUCCAUUCUCCGGCAAGAAUUGGCGCCGUUCGGUUGAAUACUACGCCGCAAUUUUCCAGGAUUUGAUUGGCGAAGGUUCAAUUUCGCCGAAUUCUAAAGCUCUCUGCAUUGAUACUCCCACCGGAGAAGAUGUUUUGGCGUUGAAAGAAAUCGGCGUUGUAGACUCCGUCGGAAUCUUCAAGAAACCGUCGCCGCCGUUGAUCGUUCAAGGAGAAGGUCACCGGCAUCCAUUUCCCGGCGACGCGUUCGAUUUUGAAUUCUCCGGUAACGGCGGUUUAGAAGAAUCAUCUAAACCAGCGGAAUUCGCGGCGGAGAUUUGCCGGACUCUCCGACCCGGCGGAAUCUUAGCUGUUCACACGGCGGCGAGAGACGUAUACAGUUACAAUUCAUUUCUCGAAUUAUUCACUUGCUUUGAAUUGAUCAGAAAAAGAGAAAUCAACGGUGUAGAUUCAUCAACAAUUCUCGAGAUUUUGAUGAAAAAGAAAAUUCCCCAAUUCAAAACCCUAAGUUCAAUUUCAAUUUCACCCCUAAAUUCCAAUUCACUGAAUUCAGUGAAUAAGUGCUUAAUUCCACGUUACAAACGUGAAAUAGUGAAAAAUGCAGAAUCAUUGAUACUUGAAGAGCCAAUGAAACCAUUGAUUACAUUGAAAAGAAAUUUGAAGAACAUAAAGUACUUAACUUCAUUGGUUGAUAUAAGCUUCAAGAAAAACUAUGUCUACAUCGAUAUCGGAUCUCGAAGCUAUGGUUCAAGCAUUGGAAGCUGGUUCAAGAAACAAUACCCAAAACAGAACAAAACAUUUGAAGUUUAUGCAAUUGAAGCAGAUAAAACUUUUCAUGAAGAGUACAGAACAAAAAAAGGUGUGAAUUUGUUACCAUAUGUAGCUUGGGUUAGAAAUGAGACAUUGUUUUUCGAGAUUACGAGAGACCCGGGUAAGAAAAUGAUGAUGAAAGGUAGAGGAAUGGGUAGGAAUAGGAUUAAUCCUGUUCAAACAAGUUCAAGUCAUAUGGGUGAUAAGGAUAAGAUUCAAGGUAUUGAUUUUGCUUAUUGGUUAAAGAGUGUUGUUACAAGUAAAGAUUUUGUUGUUGUGAAAAUGGAUGUUGAAGGUACUGAGUUUCAUUUGAUACCUAAGUUGAUUCAAACUGGUGCUAUUUGUUUGAUUGAUGAGCUUUUUCUUGAGUGUCAUUAUAAUAGAUGGCAGAGAUGUUGUUCUGGUCAGAGAAGUUCUAAGUUUCAGAAAAGUUAUUCUGAUUGUUUGGAUUUGUUUACUGAACUUAGAGAUAUUGGUGUUCUUGUUCAUCAAUGGUGGUGAUAAUCCAUAGUGUACAAACUUGUUUGUAUAGGUUUUUUUUAUACUAGGGUUUUAUAUGAUUAAAUUGAUUCUUUUGUAGAUUCUUUUUUAGUCAAUUGUAGAGUUUAAUGAAUGAAAGAUUUUGUUUAUUCU